AUGAAUGAUGAAAUAUUCAUUAAAUAGCCAAUGAAUGAUGAAUAGAAUGAUUAAUCAGAAAAGUAAAAGAAAAUAUUUUUAUUUUAUAAGAUAAUCAUUAUUUGUAUAAAAUGAUGAAUCAUUAGAACAUUUAGUAAACUCAUUAAUCUAAAAUUAAUAACCUGAUGAGGAUGAUUAAUUUAAAUCAUAAAAUGUUAAAAGGAGAAUUAAUGAUUAAAGGUAUUAAUGAACUAUAUAAACUAUUGCAUUUUAGAUUCACAUUUCAAGAGGAUAAACGAAUAUUAGAAUUAGUAUAAUAGGUUGGUCCUAACUUUAAUAAGAUAGUAAAAUCAUUUCCUGGCAAAACUAUGAAUAUGAUAAAAAAUAGAUAUUAUAAAAAAUUGCGCUACAUAAAGGAUGACCUAUAAAAUGAUUAAGAAUAUGUAAAGAAACAAACUAAACAUAAAAAAUUAAAUUGA